AUGAUUGACCUCACAUACAAUGAGCGUUAUUGCGCAAGGAUGAAGAAAGAUUGGAGUUCAGAGACGAAGAAAGACAUGAAGUUCCCAAGAGAACAUGUUUUCUUUGCUGACUUCGAAGCAUCAACUGAUGGAAACAUUCACAAAGCAUACAACAUUUGUUUCAUGGAAGAUGACGAUGAUGGUUAUACAUCAAUUUGGGGAAGUGACUGUGCGUCAAAAUUCCUCGAAGCUUUACCAGAUAAGAGUUUAGUUUAUUUCCACAACUUAUCGUACGAUGUCACUUUUCUCAUGUCUCAGUUAGAAGAGAUUACAGGAACUCCAAUCAUCAAAGGUUCACAAACGAUGCAGAUACAAGGAAAGUACAAAGGAAAACUUCUCUGCUUCAAAGACUCUUAUGCAAUCAUCUCAACUAAGUUGGAAAGAUUCCCUGAAAUGUUUCACCUCACUAGUGGUGAAAAAGAAGUUUUCCCAUAUAAUUACUACACGGAAGAGUUAGUUAAUACAACUAAAGUUGGUAACAUCGAUGAUGCCAUGAAUCAUGUCAAAGAUAUUGAAGCUUUUAAUGAGAACAUUGAGAAGAUUGAAGAUUGCAAGAUUGAUGAUGAACACUUUGACAUGGAAGUUUAUUCGUCAUUCUAUUGCGGUCAAGAUGUACGCAUUUUACGAGAUGGCUUUCUUAAGUUCCGCAAUGACCUCAUGACUGAGUUUGAAAUAGAUGCUUAUGAUUAUGUUUCAAUAAGUUCUAUCUCAAACAAACUCUUUGAGAAGAGAGUAUAUUGGAAGAACGGUAAUCUCUUUGAUCUUGCAGGAAAACCUCGUGAAUAUAUUUCCAAGUGUAUUCAAGGAGGAAGAUGCAUGCUAGCUGAGAACAAGAAGCAAUACAAUGAAGGAGAACUCAUCACUGACUUCGAUGCUGUAUCAUUGUAUCCAUCAGCAAUUGCUAGACUUUACUGUUUAGAAGGAAUUCCAAAAGUUAUGACAGAAGAGAUGAAGAGCAGUGAAUACUUGUUGGAGCAUCUCUUUGAUGAUGACCAAGCUGAACCAACAAAGGAAAAGUUCAUCUCAGGAUUUUACUGUCAGAUCGAGAUCUUGUCGAUCGGUAAGAACUCAGCAUUCCCAUUGAUUGUCGUCAAUCCUGACAUCAACCCUGACUUACAUGUUGCCAGAAGUUCCAAUACAUGCUGCAAGAUGUUCGUAGACCACAUUACGCUUCAAGAUCUGAUCAAGUUCCAAGAGAUCUCAUGCAAAGUCAUUGAUGGAUACUAUUAUGAUGGAAAAAGGGACAUGACAAUAAGGAAUGAAGUUAAGAAGCUCUUCGAAUUACGUGCUAAGUAUAAGAAGGAAGGUAAUCCGAUACAAGAGAUCAUCAAACUUCUUUUGAACAGUAUCUAUGGUAAGACGAUAUUAAAGCCCAUUGACAAAAAGAUUCGUUUCAUCAAGGACAAUAAGCUCACUGACUAUAUCAUUAAGAACUAUAAUGACAUACAGACAAUAGAGUUCAUCCCCGAUUCCGAACUUUCAUGUGUAAAGUCAUUUAAACCUAUCGUUCGUCACUUUAACUAUUGUCCAUUAGGUGUUUCAAUCCUUUCUAUGUCCAAACGAAUCAUGAAUGAAGUAUUCUUCACAGCAGAAGAUUUGGGCUUGAAGUUGUUCUAUCAGGAUACAGAUAGUUUACACUUGUAUGAGAAGGACUUAGAUAAGUUAGCAGAAGAAUACAAGAGAAGGUAUAACAGAGAACUCAUUGGAAAAGCACUGGGUCAAUUUCAUUCAGACUUUGCAGAGAUUACUGCAGGACAUAUGUCUAAGGCACAAAGAUCUAUAUUCGUUGGAAAGAAGACUUACCUCGACGAAUUAACCAAUGACCUCAAGGAAAUUGCUUUCCACUGUCGAAUGAAGGGAAUCACACAGGACGUAAUUGCACUUACUGCAAACCAAAUGUUCCCAGAUGCGAUACAAGUACAUUAUGACGAGAAGAAAGGUUUGUUCUUCCCUGAGAAAGUUGGGGAAAAAUAUAGCAUCGUGGAAUUGUACAAAUCUCUUUAUGAAGGUGAUGAGAUAACCUUUGACUUGUGCAUUGGUUCGAAACCAUGCUUCAACAAAAAUAAGGACUUCACUAUUUCAACGAAGUCAUCUUUUGAACGUAAGUUAAAGUUCUAA